AUGGUGUUCUUCCGCCGAGUGGUGGUUGAGGACAACGACUUCUUGGCAACUGCUGAAGCAACCCUGAACUGCGGCAACACCAUCUGCUACCCGCUCAACUGGUUCCUGGGCGUCUGGCAUGCGGAGGUGGAGCCUGUGCUGACGGUCCUUCCGGACUGCGCGGCUACGGACAUGGUUUCCGCUCCGCUGGAUACGGAUGCGCUGGCCACGGAUGAGGAGCAUGGUCUUUAUAGUGCAGGUGCUGCGGGGUCCGAAGAUGCUGGCUCCGGAAACUUGUCAAUGGGCGUGGAUGCAGAGCGCAUGUCAUCCGCGGAGGCCGCGG